CGGCGGUCGGGGUGGGCGGCGGCGGUUGUCACAUGUCGGAAAGUCCCUGGCACUGCCGGUGGAAAUCCCCGGUGGGGGUUUUUUGUUGUGUGUUUUUUCUUUUUUCUUUUUCUUUUUUUUUUUUUUUUUGUGCGCCCGGGCGCUGAAACAGAAAGGAAAAAAAAACAAGAGGCUCGGCUCAGCCCUUCAUUCCGCAGCGGCGGCGGCAGCAGCAGCAGCAGCAGCUCCGGCGGGGAGGGGGCGGCGGAGGGAAAAGAGCCCCGGCUCGGCGGAGGUUGAUGGCUCCCGAGAUCGGCUGCUUCCCAUUACCCAAGCCAGGCUGCUGAGUAGGAGUUACCGGCAGGAUCGACCGAAGGAGUAGCCCGCCGGCGGAGAGAAACAUGGCUGGCCAACACAUCCUUCCUCAAGCUUUGUAUCAAAGCAAUAUGCUGAAAGCCAUGAAGAUUAGAGAGAGGACACCUGAAGAUCUGGUCAAACCCCCCAGUGGAAUAAUUCACCACUUCAGGACUAUGCACAGAUACACCAUAGAAAUGUUCAGAAUGUGCCAGUUUUGCCCUCAGUUUCGGGAAACGCUUCAGAAGGCCCUGACUGACCAGGCCACACAGGCUUCACUGGAGCGCCAGAGGAAGCUCAACUGGUGCAUGGAAGUUCGGAGACUUGUCCCUUUGAAGACUAAUGGUGAUGGAAAUUGCCUCAUGCAUGCUGCUUCGCAGUACAUGUGGGGUAUUGAAGAUAUCGACCUCGUCUUAAGAAAAACAUUGUUUAGUGCACUCAGGGAGAUGGACACACAGAACUUCAAGCUCCGCUGGCAGCGGGAGGCUAUUAAAUCCCAGGAGUUUAUAGAAACGGGACUCUGCUAUGACACCCGGAACUGGGAGGAGGAGUGGGAACGCCUCAUUGAAAUGACCUCCCCAGAAACAUCGGGGGCUCGAAACAGGCUUCCAUAUAAUGCACUGGAAGAAAUCCACAUCUUUAUCCUUGCUAACAUCCUCAGAAGGCCAGUCAUUGUCCUUGCAGAUAAAGUGGUGAGAAGUUUAGAGUCAGGCUCCAGUUUUGCUCCUCUGAACGUUGGUGGUAUUUACUUGCCUCUCCUUUGGCCAGCUGAAGAAUGUUACAGAUACCCAAUUGUGCUUGGCUACGACAACAUGCAUUUUACACCACUAGUGACUCUGAAGGACAGUGGACCAGAAAUCCGGGCUGUCCCUCUGGUCACCAGUGAACGAGGCAGAUUUGAGGACUUGAGCGUGCACUUUCUGACAGACGUGGAGGAGAGGGAGAAAGAGCAGCUGCUAAAAGACUACUUGAUAGUGAUAGAAAUUCCAGUGCAAGGCUGGGAUCAUGGUACAACUCAUCUAAUUAAUGCUGCAAAGUUAGAUGAAGGCAACCUACCCAAAGAAAUCAACCUUGUGGAAGAUUACUUUCAACUGGUACAGCAUGAGUACAAGAAGUGGCAGGAGAACGCUGAACCUGCUAGGAGAGAGACCUGCUCCAGGAACAGGCAGGAACUGACUGUCUCCCAGCUGUCCCUCUUACAGGUGAAAUGUGAAACACCAAACUGCCCUUUCUACAUGUCUGUGAACACCCAGCCCUACUGCCAUGAGUGCUUUGAGCGGAGGUCCCAGGGAAGCAAAGGAAGAAAGCAGACCUCCAAAGCAGCACCUGAGAAACUGAAGGUGGCUGGGUUGGGCUCCUCCCGUGGGGAUGUUUGUGAACCUGGGGGAUGGACGUCUGAAGAGCCUGUAACAGGGCCUCGGUCUGCACCGCCAACUGCUCCGAGCCUUUUCCUGUACAGCGAGACCACGGCCAUGAAAUGCAGGACGCCAGACUGCCCCUUUACAUUGAACGUGCAACACAAUGGGCUUUGUGAACGCUGCUACAACUCUAGACAGCUCGGUCCUUGCAACAAAUUGGAUGACCGGAGACGUUUAGACUAUGCCACAUGCAAGGUGUGCCGUCAGAAGGCCAACAGGACCUUCAAUGGCACAUGCAGCACUUGCUUCAAAAGGACUACAGAGCGCUCCUCAAGUGGCAGCCCUGCUUUCCUGUCCACGUGCCACCAAAGAUCAACGUCUGACCCGUCCCAGAUCUCACAGAGCCUCCUCCAGCACUCCUGCCAUCAGGCUCCCAACAGCCGUGGCGAGGAGCCCCUGCCAGCGGUGCUGCCUCCCAAGGAGAAGAGGGGAGGUGACCUCUGCAGGAAACCUGGCUGCAAGUUUUUUGGGACAUCGCAGAAUGAGGGCUUUUGCACGCUGUGUUUCUUUGAGUACAAGGAAAACCACGACAGCACUUUGCUACGCCACCAGAGGAGAUCUCAGAGGAAGCCCUUGGCAGCAGGUCAGCUGGGGACCUCCGCUGCCGCCUUCCGUAACACCAUGUCCUGCCAGCGGCGCGACUGCGGCACCCUGGGCAGCACAAUGCUUGAAGGGUACUGCCAGAACUGCUUCAUUAAAGCCCAGAACCAACGAUUUCAGGAAGCCAGGAGGACAGAAGAACAGCUGGUCAGACAGCCAGAACUCAGGAUGAAUCUCCAGCCACAUCCCUCCAAGCAACGUGAAAAUAUUGUCAUAUUUUUCAAAAAUGUCACAGGUAUUUCCAUCCAAUUCAAAAGUGAUUGCUGCCAGAAGAUGUCAAAUGGGAAGCAGGCCUUUGGUUGGAGCAGCACGUCAUGCACACUUGUCUGAUGUCCUCAAACGAUGCCUUCAGUUCCCAUUACUCCACCGUCUUCUAGGAGCUGGCGAUCCCCACAGCCUUGCGACGUGGAUGGUCUCCCAUCUGCUCUGGCAUCCUGAUGUCUCCACCUCUGUGCUUUCCAACUGCAGAGGCUCGUUGCUGCCUGCCCGUGCUGGGACGGGGCUGGGGUGCUGAGGACCCCGAGCCAGCCAGGGCAUCAGAGCAGUGCCCAAGGUAGGCACAGCCGCCAUCAUGCAGUGAGAGUGCUGUCACACUGCCGGCUGAGAAAAGUUUCCUUGUGGGUAGAUUCUCCUUCCCAGUUCCUCUUUUAGCUAUUUUUUGCCUGCCCCUUGCUUGUCACAGCCUCCUCCUGCCUCCUUGGCCAGCGGCCUGCCUGCUGCAUUUUGUUUUCCCUUCUGCAAACAAGCACGUUGCUCCGUGACUGGCAGCCAUCCUGGUGCGGCCCAAAUGCCUGGCUUUCCAGCGGAUGGUUCUUGUUGGCCUCCCCCUCACACCACAGCCGCCCACGGCGGGCGGCUGCCUGCCUCUGCUGUCUCUCAGUGCUCCUCUGCCUCUUUAAGAAGGUAUCGCAUCAAGAGGGAAGAAGUCUUUGGUUUUUUUCCAGGAGGUUAUUUAAGGCUGCCUGUUGCAUAAUUAAGAAAUGUUUCCACCAAGCGAUUAGCAGCCUACCCAGCUGUGAGUAUCUUUCAUUUACCUUGGGCUUGGGAGCACACCCAGGCUUUGGGGCUUUGUGCUGAGCUAUUUGAACUUUUUUGCUGCAGUUGUUUUCAGCGGAAAGGGCUGAAGAUGUGCUCCUCUUCUGGGGAGAGCCGUGAGAAGGUCUCGGGAAUGGCUGGCCCUGGGUGAGCUGCGUCUGUCCCGAAGGGGUUCCACCUCAGCUGGGUGAGGCAGGGCUGGCUCUUGCACCGUCCGACUGCACCCUCCGCAUUUCAGAGAACGCGAUGUAGGUGUACAGCCUCACCUUGCCUCUCGCUAGCCAGAACAACCAGCGCUGCAGCCGCCCUGGCGCAAGAGGAGGUUUUAUUUCUAACCAUAACAAAACCAUGGGACAAUGCUACCUAAUGGGCAAUGAAAGAAAAAAAUAUUCUUUUAGACCUCCCGGAGAACCAAUCUAGUCAUCUGUAGUACAUUACAGACUUCUUCUAUACCUAACUUUUCUGAGGCAUGCAUGUGGCCUCUCCCCCUCCUCACCUUGGACCAAUCGGCAGUGUGCCCGCGUAAGUGCUUGGACCCAGCAGCUUGCACUGGUCCUUCAAGAGCUGCGGUGCUCUGCUUAGGUGAUCAAGGCUAAAAAUGGCACAAUAGCUUGGAGAAUUGUUCCCUGAAGAACCACUUCCUGCCAUUAAACUAUGCGCUUUUUUCCUUUUUUUUUUUUCCUUGAGCAGUCGCAUAGCUACUAUUUGUAAAUAUUUCCUCCCUCUUCAAUAAUUUUCUCUGUCUCCCCUCCAUUUUAUAAAAGGGAAUCCAGAUGCCUCCUGGUCUUUCCAGUGUCUGUUGAAGGCAGAGAAAAAAACCCACAAGCUUCAGUAGCUAACCUUCACGUAUUAUAGAGUGAAAUAAAAUAUUCAAAUACCACAGCAAUGAGCAAGGUAUAGCUAUGUGGGCUACAGCUCACUCUUCAGAGCUUCAUGAGAGAUUUAUCCAUGUUUCUUUCUAAAAGAAAAAAAGAGGGAUGAUGCACUUUAGAUCAGGUGAACAACCCGUACUUGCCUGAGCACUUUAUUUAUGGACCGUAUGGCUCUCAGCUUGAAGGAGGCAGAGAGUCAGUGACAGUUUUUGCAGUGACUGGUGUCACUUGGAGGUUCCCAGGUUCAAACCCAUCACGCUGGGCGUUGGUUUACCAGCACGGCAGAGGAAGGCCUGUCUACCUAAGCAUAUUCAUUCAUUGAUUAAAACUGCAAAAGGAGAAGAUCAGAGAAGAUCAGAGAAGUUCUUAAACUUCAUGCAAAUUUCAAUGUUGAGACUGAAACUGACCCAAACAGCCAUUAAUAUUCCUACUGUCCCAAGGGGCACCACCAGCCAAGCGAGAUGCUGCUCAUCAACACACUUCAGUUUUCCCAUAAAGAAAGCCCUAGAAAACCCCACUGCUACACACUGCCUCUCUGCCUGUAUUUUUACUACUUGACAUCCUUUUCCUGAGGAAGGUGUCACCUCCACCUGCUUACAGAAAAUGGUACAGAAUAGACACUGCUUUGCCUGCCUGUCAGAGGAGCACAGGGGUGCCUUGUGUCUGCAGCCUGAAACCUUCUAUUGCCAUCCCUUCAAAUCUGAGUGCAGCAGGUACGCCGGCACCUGGGUUAACACUGCAAGCCUUCCAGCAAAGCUUUCUUGCAGCUCUUCGCUUCUAAACUUUUCUUAUACCAUGACUGUUGGUGGAACAAUCCAAUACCAAAGAUAGAAAACACUUGAAACUAAAAAUACAGAGCAGCCAGGGGUAUUGUGUGUGGUUGAAUAAGGGGAAGUACUUGACCUCGUGGUGCCCUGGGUUCCAGAUAAGCAGUCCUGAGCCUGUUGAAUCAGUAUCUGACAGCUCACUUUUUCAUCAGUGUUCAUCCUUAACUAAAUAAUAACUUCAUAGAAAUGUUUGCUGAUGGGCAUUCGUGACAGCUGCUAAAGGUAUGCAGAACAGACAGUAUGUACCCGCCAGUAGCAAAGUACAGCUGCCAUGGCACAUUGAACAUGUGCUACUUUCAGCCACAUAGAGAAAGAAGGAAAAGGUGAACAAAGUAUUCAUUAUGUGGAGAGAGGAAACAAGAGCAUUGACGUUAAGUUUCCACUACCUGGUAUUUAGGUGAAUCCUUUCUAGAGGCCUGUCUGUGAAUAAGAUCAUUUUGUGGGCUUGGGGGGAUUCGAGGCAGUUCUUGAGCCUCCUACAAUUUUCAUAUAUAACCUAGACAAAUCGUUUAACCUAUCAAUGCUUCAGCUGUGGGGUUUUUUAAAUAUCAUUCCUAGUAACACUGCUCUGUAUAACAUUUUCAUGUACUAGAUCAGGUGUGUGAGAUAUUCUAUAAAAAUGUAUAUUAUAUAUACAUACCUAACCUGCCUCCUAGUGCUGGUGCAUCAUACAAAAGACACCAUCAUCUCAUGAAGGUACGAUGUUUCUGUAAGAGAAGAUGAUGGUCAGAGCUAGGCUUAUAGAUGCCAAGCUCUGAAAAGAGGUUCAUAAUCACAACUCACUUUCCAUUUGGCAUCACAAUGGGCAGUUUCACUAAGGACUGACUAAACAGGGAUGCAAGAUUAGCUUGAUGGUCUGUUAAGAAAUCCCUCAUUUCCCCAUUUUAGAAAGCUGCAAUCAUGUAUUUUCUCCGAAUUUGCAUGAGUCCUGGUCCUGUUAUUAGAAAUAACAGAUAGAACUCCGGAGACUUACUGGCAAUAGACAUAAA